AUGCCUCCACGAUUUAACUUUCACAGCGCUAGCAGGUCCUUGACCAUUCGACCACGAACCAUUGUCGCACCUCGAAACCCAGCUUUCUUCACAAUUAUCCCGGCAGCACGUCGAGGUUUCGCAGAGGAGAAACAACCUCCCAGAACUGGAUCAAAUGAAGAUGUAGCCGGCCACGUCAGUGAAGAGGCAAGGGAUAUGGCUGAAAUUACCGGAGAGACUCCUCCUGAUAUGGGAAAGAGCACAAAUGUUCAAGAGAUUCUCAAGAGAGAUCAAGAAGGAAAAGACAAAGCCCCAGAAGUCAUCAAGGAAGAUAUUAAAGAUGCUUCAUCUGCCUCCGCUCUCUCUCAAGAUAUCUCCUUCGCCAAUCUCCUGGCCCUUGGCCGUCUCGGCCAUUUGGAAAAUGGCGCCAACCCCAACGAUCUUACCAUCGACGGACACAAAUUUGGACUUCCAGAAUUACCUAUUCCUUCGGAUCACAAUAUGAAACAUAGAGAAGAUCCCGUGGUUUCGCAGGUGACGAACAUGAUAAUGCAGCAUGGCAAAAAGAGUGUUGCCCAGAGGAAUAUGUCAUACAUACUGAACCAUCUCCGAACCGCGUCCCCACCCACACCCAACCCCGCCAAACCCCUCCUCCCGGGCACACCCCCGGCAUCCCACCUCCCCCUCAACCCCGUCCUCUAUCUCACUACGGCCAUCGACUCCAUCGCCCCUCUCCUACGUAUCCGUUCGCAAAAAGGUGCUGCGGGAGGUGGAGCCUCGCUACAAAUUCCCGUCCCAUUGGGUAUCCGACAGCGCAGACGACAGGCAAUCAAAUGGAUAAUAGAUGCAGCCAGUAAGAAAAAAUCGAGGAGCAGCGGUCGAGGCAUGUUUGCACAGAGAGUCGCAGAGGAAGUCAUCAGUGUCGUAGAGGGCAAGAGCCAGCUUUGGGAUAAGAGAAUCCUGGUGCAUAAGACGGGUACGAGCGCGAGAGCAAAUUUGACCUUUUAUUCAAGAAAGAAGAGGUGA